GCUACACACGUUAGUUUUGAUUUGGAAGUGAGUUUGGCAAAACUAGCGACACAUGUCCUGAUGAAAGAGCUUUAGUCCGUCGUUUACGUUGCUUGUUUCCACUGACUUUUUCAUGUAGGCAUCCGUUUGCUUCUGUAGUGGCUGUCGCUGAAACCAGGCGACAAACUUUAGACUAGAAAAGGCUGAAGUUUGAAGAAAGCUAACUGGCUAGCCUAGCCCGCUGUAGCUGUAAGUGGCAGCAUGGCAGCUGUACUGGAGCUGAUUGCUGGGAGCUACGAGCAGAUAGCCUUUGGUUACCGAGUGAAAACUGAUGAAAAAGAGUGGACAGCCAAGGCAGACUUCACACAUCACGCCCACACAGCAUCCAUAUCAGCUGUGGCAGCCAGUGAGAGGUUUGUUGUCACAGGAAGCAAAGAUGAAACCAUACAGCUGUAUGACAUGAAGAAGAGAAUUGAGCAUGGUGCUUUGCUGCAUCAUGACGGCACCAUCACCUGCCUGGAGUUUUAUGGAUCGUCUCAUUUACUGAGUGGAGGAGAGGAUGGACUCCUGUGUGUGUGGAGCACAAAGAAGUGGGAGUGCCUCAAGUCCAUCAAAGCUCACAAAGGCCAUGUCAUGUCGCUGUCCGUCCAUCCAUCUGGGAAACUUGCACUUUCAGUUGGGACAGACAAAACUCUCAGAACCUGGAAUCUAAUCAAUGGAAGAUCAGCCUUCAUCAAAAACAUAAAACAGAAUGCACACAUAGUUAGAUGGUCUCCAGAUGGGAAUAAAUAUGUGGUGGUGGCAAAUGACAAGGUGAACAUCUACGAUUUGGAGACAGCUUCUGUGACAGGAACAGUUACAAACCCCAAAAGGAUCUCAUCUAUUAAGUUCUUAAAUGACUCCAUCCUGGCCAUCGCAGGAGAUGAUGAAGUUGUGAGGUUAUGUGACAUGGGAAAACAGAAAUGGGUGUGUGAGUUCAAAGCACAUGAAACCAGGGUGAAAGCAGUUGACAGUUUUAAUAUGGAGGAUUACUGCGUGUUGGUGACGGCUUCAAAUGACGGAUUCAUCAAAAUGUGGAAACUCCAUCUGAAAGAGGAGCUGGAGCCUCCCACCCUCCUUGGGGAAGUGAACACAACAGCCAGACUGACGUGCCUCGCUGUGUGGAAACCUUCAUCAGUGCAGCAGACGGCUGAGGAGCCGGCAGCUGAGGCGACAACGUCUGAAGAACUUGCUCAAGAACUUUCAAAGACAAAGAGAGUCCGAAUCGCAACCGAAGAAGUCAUUCUGGAAGAUGAGAGCAAACCCAAAAAGAAGAAAAAGGGUGGAAAAUAAAAUGGACAGCAAUAAAAAUUAUUUUUAAAUCUUUC